AAAGGUUUGUGUUUACAGCGCAGCUCCACGUUAGCAUCGUCGACUUGUUGAGCAGCGAACAGGAACUGACGCGUGUCGUCUCAAUAUAAAUGAACAGCUGGAUGUUUUUGUAGAGAACCAUUCGGUUGGUUUUGUAGCACAGCACGGACAGCAUGCCUGUUCGGAGGCGGAAUGGCGUAGCACAGACCAGCUGGCUAACGGAGCCGAGGUUAGCCAGCCAGGCUAACUAACCGCAGCAGCAGCUAACAGCAGCCGUGCUACAUCCAGUCCAGGCAGACAGGUCCAGGAGUCAGGCCAUGGGGGCGGAGAGCAGCGCCGUGCGGGGCUGCAUCCUGGAGGAGCCGCUGCUCACCCUGCCCUCCGGACUCACCAUGUACUCUGCUCUCCUCCAGGAUGGGAAGUCCGCGUCUGUGUUUGUCCACAAACGUGGCAAUGAAGACAAAGUCAACAAGGCUGCCAAGCACCUGAAGACCUUGAGGCACCCAUGUCUGCUGCGCUUCCUGUCCUGCUCCGUGCAGGAUGGUGGCAUCCACCUGGUGACAGAGCGUGUGCAGCCCCUGGAGCUGCUGCUGGACAGCCUCUCUCCAGAGGAGGUCUGCGCAGGCAUCUACGACCUCCUGCAGGCACUGGUGUUCCUGCACGAGAGGGGCAAAUCGAGCCAUAACAACGUGUGCAUUUCAUCUGUAUACGUCAGUGAAGAUGGUCACUGGAAACUGGGAGGGAUGGAGACCGUCUGCAAGUUUUCUGAAGCAACCCCAGAGUUUCUCACAAGCAUCCAGAACGUGAGAGAGGCCAGCUUUGUUCCUCCAGAAGAGCAGCAGGUUGAGGGCUUUAAAAUGCUCCUGGAUAAACAUGCUCACUCUCGAGACUGUUACUCUUUUGGAAUGAUGGUGGAGGCACUCAUCCCUCUGUUGAACGGCUAUGUGUCCCAGGAGCUGUCAGACAGUCUGGGGCAGACCCUGCAGGCAGGCCCGCUGAACUCUGACCCCUUGUCCCGACCUCCACUCAGCUCCCUGCUGACUCAUGACUUUUUCAGGAACGACUUUCUGGAUGUGAUGAAUUUCCUCAAGAGUCUGACCCUGAAGACUGAAGAAGAAAAGAAUGAAUUCUUUAAGUUUCUCUUGGACCAUGUCCAGAGUCUCCCUGAGGAGCUGACAGCUGCACGUUUUGUCCCCAUACUCCUCAACCCUCUGGUUUUUGCAGAACCAAUGGCUGUGAAAAGUUUCCUGCCUCAUCUUCUAAGGCCAAAGACGGAUUCCACUACUGGCGGUAGCGGUGAAGAAUGCCUGCUGUCUGUGACUCUUUACCGUAAACACGUGAUCCCUCAGCUUCUCAAGCUCUACAAGGUCAAAGAGGAACACGUACGGAUCGUGCUGCUGGGUCACAUCCACAUGUACGCCGAGUUCUUCUCACACGAAGAGCUCAAGAACCAGAUCCUGCCUCAGGUUUUGUUGGGCAUGAGAGACACCAACGACUCUCUGGUUGCCAUGACGCUGCAGAGUCUGGCGGUGCUGGUGCCUUUGCUGGGAGCUCAAGUGGUGGUGGGAGGAGAGCGAACCAAGAUCUUUAAACGCACCACACCCAACUUCACCAAGUCCACAGAGGUCACUCCUGAAACCUCUCCUGUCCAUGUUGUCAAAGGUUCCCACCCUCAGCUGGCCCAGCCCUCCAAAGUCUUGAAUUUAUUCUCCAGACCGUCAGGGACUGAAGGCCUGGUGCUGGAGAACAUGGGGAGUUUAGCUGAUAGGAAAGAGCCACCAAGAAGUUUCCCCCUGGUGCCAAAAGCAGACGUGAGUAGACACAUGUCUCUACCUUUGAAUGGCCUUCAUCAGGACAGUGUGAUAAAGCCAUUGUCAUACAGCCCAGAGCAACCGGACAGACCCAAAGGCCCAGUGGAAGACUGGCCUGACUGGAGCGACAGUGAAGAGAGCAAGAGAACUGGCCAGUCAGUCCAGAUCCACAUUCAGGCCUCAGAGAGAGCAGAUCCAGUCCAGCUAGCCUCGCAACCCAACACCGGGAAGGAGCCAUGGGAUGACUUUGAGGAAACUGAACCUACCUCUGAUCUCUCCCCUACGGCUCCUUCAGCAGGCCCAGUUAUACUCACACCACCCAGAGGGGGCACAGCCGCUUCACCUGUCAAUUAUGCUCCAGGAGCAUCGGGUCUGGGAUCCUUCAAACCUCUCAAACUGACCUCAGCACUGCGACAAUCAACCCAGAGCAAGAUCGCUUCCUCGUGGGACGAUGGCUGGGCUCAAGAGGAGAUGGACUCAGUCCUAAACCCCAAACGUACAGAGGCACUAAAGAAACAUGGGACGAAAGGUUUGGGGGAUGAGUUCACAAUUAAGGUCAAGAAAAAGGUCACACAGGACCCAGAGCUGGAUUUGUUUGCCGAUAUGGUGCCAGACAUUAAGCUGUCUUCUCCAACUGUGGUUUCACUGGAAGAAAGCAGUGUGGGCGACGCUGGACUGUCGGCGUCCUCACAAAACUCGAAAUCGUUGCAGGUUGACUCGCUGAUCGACACCAUCACGCUCACUGCCAAGUUUGCAGCUACCAACCAGACAGAGAUGGAAACAGAUGGCUGGGACGAUGAAGACGACGUGAAGUGGGAGGACGAGAACGCCUGGUGAUGACAACAGCUCCAUCAAUUAUUAUUUUUUAUCUAAAGCAAAAGACUUGAUAACUGGAAAAAACCUUGAUCUCUAGAAGCGACCAACUCCCAGUCAACUGCUCCAGUUCACAUUUAUCAUAAUGCAGUAAUAAAAUGACUGGGAUGGAGUGAGCCAUCUUUUAUCCUGUUUUAUUGGUUAUUACUUUCAUUCUCAGUUUGUUCAUUAAGCAAAUUUUCUUCUGAACUGGAAGUUUCAUAUACUGAUCAGAUGUUAGACUUGGAUAAAUGAAGCCACUUUAAAUUUUGCCAACUGAUGUUACCUGGAAAUGAAUGAUGAUCUUAAUAAGAGUUGAAUAUUAUCCUGUUUAAUUCAUCUUUAAAUUUUGUUUGUUUAAACGUGCCAAUUUCAUUAUUGGCAUUGAGAUCUAGAAAUGCUUUUGGCAAGUUGUCAAGUGUGAUGGGUUUGAUUCACAGGAGGUUUGCACUUUGAAUGAAUGUGGAAUGGGAAUGAUAUAAUUUAUUAGUUUUGGGGUUUAUGGUGAAAUAAAGACUUUACUCAAUCAA